AUGGAAAUCAAUUUGGGGAAACUUGCAUUUGACAUUGAUUUUCACCCAUCCGAUAAUCUCGUUGCAACAGGACUCAUAGAUGGUGAUCUUCACUUAUACCGUUAUAGCGCUGAUAACACUAGUAGUGAUCCUGUGAGGGUGUUAGAAGUUCAUGCCCAUACCGAGUCUUGUAGAGCUGCUCGAUUCAUCAAUGGUGGACGUGCGCUGUUGACGGGUUCUCCCGAUUUCUCGAUACUGGCCACAGAUGUGGAAACUGGAUCUACCAUUGCCCGACUUGAUAAUGCCCAUGAGGCUGCGAUCAAUAGAUUGAUAAACUUGACGGAGUCAACCGUUGCUUCUGGAGAUGAUGAUGGUUGUAUUAAGGUUUGGGAUACCAGAGAACGUUCUUGUUGCAAUUCAUUUGAAGCCCAUGAGGAUUACAUUUCAGACAUAACAUUUUCAUCUGAUGCAAUGAAACUAUUGGCCACAAGUGGAGACGGGACUCUUUCAGUUUGCAAUCUUCGACGAAAUAAAGUCCAAGCCCAAUCUGAAUUUUCUGAAGACGAGCUAUUGUCUGUUGUUUUAAUGAAGAAUGGUAGGAAAGUUGUUUGCGGAUCACAAACUGGAAUCCUGUUAUUGUAUUCAUGGGGAUGCUUCAAGGAUUGCAGUGAUCGAUUUGUUGAUCUCUCUUCAAACUCUAUUGAUACCGUGUUAAAGCUUGAUGAAGAUAGGAUUAUUACUGGAUCGGAGAAUGGAAUGAUCAACUUGGUUGGAAUAUUGCCGAACAGAAUCAUUCAGCCAAUUGCCGAGCACUCUGAAUACCCUGUUGAGCGUCUUGCAUUCUCUCAUGAUAAAAAGUUUCUUGGAAGUAUUGGUCAUGAUCAAAUGUUAAAGCUAUGGGACUUGGAUAGUAUACUGCAAGGUUCAAGAAGCACACAGAGAAAUGAAAAUGGGGUGGGUGACAAUGAUGUGGAUAGUGAUGACGAAGAUGAGAUGGAUGUUGAUGACAAUCCUUCUAAAUCCACUAAAGGGAACAAGACAAAGAAUGCAAGUAUUGGGCAUACUGUAGGUGAUUCAAACAACUUCUUUGCAGAUUUAUAA